AUGGGGAUAAGCAACAAUUCCGGCGCUGGAAGAGACCAGAUUCUGUCUGCCGAGCAUAUCAAAGAUCUGAUUGCCAAUGGCCAGUCGAUUGUCAUCGUGGACCACCAGGUCCUGCGUCUCGACGCUUGGCUCCCCUACCAUCCGGGCGGGUACAAGCCCAUUGAGCAUUUCAUUGGCAAGGAUGCCACAGAUGAGUUUAGAGUGAUGCAUUCCGCCGAAACCCGCCAGCUGCUCCAUCGGUACCGGAUUGGACGCAUCGAAGGGCGCUGGGAGAACCUCGUCCCCCCCAUCCAGGCGAGCGCCGGGGGCUCCAUGAACGAGCACGCCGCGCCUCUCGAGGGCCCUGCCCGACUGUCCCCCGGGCGCAACAGCCCCGAAGAGCUCGCCUUCCUGAACGCUCAGACCAAAGAGGAGAUCAGCCUGACCCUGGACCGGUACCCCUCACUGGACGUGCCGACCCAGGCGACCAUCAUCGAGCGGUACCGGCAGCUGUACGCGCAGAUCCAGGCCGAGGGGCUGUACGAAUGCCGGUAUACCGCGUACCUGUGGGAGUUUGCGCGGUGCGGCCUGCUGUUCGCCAUGGCGCUCUGGUUCCUGCGCAUCGAGUGGUACUGCCCCAGCGCCGUCUUCCUCGGCUGGUUCUGGUCGCAGAUGGUGUUUGCCGCACACGACGCCGCGCACAUGGCCAUCACGCACGACUUCUUCAUCGACAACCUCAUCGGGAUGAUCAUCGCCGCCCCCAUCGGCGGCCUGUCGCUGGGCUGGUGGAAGCGCACGCACAACGUCCACCACCUCGUCACCAACUCGCCCGAACACGACCCGGACAACCAGCAUCUCCCCUUCCUGGCCGUCAACCACCGCUUCCUCGGCAGCCUCUUCUCCUCCUACCACGAGCGCCUGAUGCCCUACACGGCCUUUGCCCAGCGCCUGGUCCCUUACCAGGCCUACCUGUACUACCCCAUCCUCAUGCUCGGCCGCUUCAACCUGUACCUGCAGUCGUGGCUGUUCCUGGCCUACGGCCAGGGCCCGCGCAAGGGGCUCGCCUGGUGGCACCGCUACUUCGAGAUCCUCGGCAACCUCGUCUUCUGGGCCUGGUUUGGCUACGGCAUCGUCUACCGCUCGCUGCCCACGGCCGGCACCCGCAUUCUAUACGUCCUCCUCAGCCACGCCGUCACCAUGCCGCUGCACGUCCAGUUCACCCUCUCGCACUUUGCCAUGUCGACCGUCGAUCUGGGGCCCGCCGAGUCCUUCCCCCAGCGCAUGCUCCGCACCACCAUGGACGUCGACUGUCCCGAGUGGCUGGACUGGAUCCAUGGCGGCCUGCAGUUCCAGGCCAUCCAUCACUUGUUCCCGCGCGUCCCCAGGCAUAAUCUGCGCCGUGUGCAGAAGCUGGUCAUGGCCUUCUGCCGCGAGGUCGGUAUUCCCUACGCCCUGUACGGCUUUGUCGGGGGGAAUCGGAAGGUCGUCGGCAGUCUGGCCGAGGUGGGAAGACAGGCUGCCAUCCUGGCCGAAUGUAAGAGGGUUGUCGCGGGGAGAAUUGGCAAACAUACCCAUUGA